UGAUGUUUCGAUGCUUCUCACAUGGUUUACGUGGUUUGGUGGGGAGAUUUAGACAGAAGAAGCUGGAUAAACAUAGGAAGUGCAACAACAAAGAGGAACCUAUGACAAGUUGUCAUUAAUUUGUAGAAAAUUACAAAGAUGUGUAAUCAGGGUGAGAUAAGAAAAGGCAACGGAUAGUGACAGAUGUACAAAUCUUACGAGCAGCGUGAAGAUGAUUUCCCUCAUUUUGGUCUUUUUUCUGGGAGGGUUAUGGGAGACUGAAGCUAUGUCCGUAACAGGAGUUUUGGGGAGUGAUGUCACAAUAAAAUGCUCUCACUCCAACGCAUUUUCCAACGUCAAAUAUUUCUGCAAGGGAACGUGUGAAAAUGAAGACGUCCUGAUAAGUAGCAGAACAAAUAACAAUUUAUACAAAAAAUACAGUAUUAAAGAUGAAGGAAACACAUUCUACGUGACCAUCUCUUCUCUUGAAGAGGAUGACUCAGGAAUGUACUGGUGUGGAAUAGAGAGAAUCGGUCUUGACACAUACAGUGAAGUUUUCCUCACAGUCAUAAAGGGAAACACAAAUGACCCUCAGUCAAAUGCUCUAUCUUCUAAGAAGCUUGUGUGCAUUGGAGCAGGUCUCGGGGUGGUUGUGCUGGCUCUGGCGAUUGCCCUUCUAACAUUCUUCAGACAUCGCAACAGAGACAUCAGUGCACAUUCUGGAAAGGACCAUGACAUAGUAUAUGCAACACCAUCCGGUCAGAAACAAGAUGUAAACCACGUCACUACUUCCUCUUCAACAGCCAAUGAGGAUCAAGAAACAGACAGCAGGGCUAACAGCAUCUUCUGCUCGUCGACCGUUCAGCACCAAGACACCAGCAGAGAUCACUCAGAUAAUAUUUACUCCAACGUUGUUUCAUCAGAGUCUCAGAUCCAACCAGAAGGUCUCUUCUACUCCACUGUUAGCUUCAUAAAACACACAGACUCCAGCACUGUCACGCCUGUGCUUACAUACUCCACUAUUCAACACAAAGCAACGGAUGAAUCAACAGUCUAUUACAAUGUAUAACCUCAGUGCCGAUCACCUUCACUGUUAUGUGCAGUAUCUUCCUCUGCUGUAUUAUUAGAUUAUGUUCUGUUUUAUGCUAAACAGCAAAUACCCACCACUCACACAUUUCUGUAAAACUAAAUCCACAGGUUGUUGUGAAUUAAUUAUUUAAAUAAUUCUGUUCAAUUUGAUUUAUUUUUUAACAUUAAGAUAUUAUAAGAAAUAUUUAGAUAACUCCUCUACUCUAA